CGCAAAUUCAAUUAACGUACUGUAUUCACCGUUCGUUACACUUAUACACAUGCUUCUUUAACUAUUCAGCAUUAACGCUCAACGGUCACGACCUUUUUAAUCGAAUUUACGUUGUGAGUCUUAACCAGUAGCGCGAACACUGCAAAUAGCAACGCCUUAGUUAUCAUCCCAUGGAUUCAAUUUCAUUUGACGGGUGCAGUCGUCCUUGAGCUAGCAAACGUGUGAUUUCUUAAUGAUCUAAGCUUGCCAUAUACUAGCUUUAAUUUCAAAAGUUGCAAUAAUUCUGGUAAUUUAGAUCAGCAUUACGGUGAUCGUCGUGUAAGAGCCUAUGUGUGGACAGUGAAAUUUGGGAAAAAAAUACUAUUACAUAACUAGACAUAAAACGUAAACAAGUUUAUCCAUGCAGUGAAUGGUGUAUUGUGUCUUGAUAUAAAAUGAAGAAUUUAUUGUGAAUGAUUCAUACGAAUUAUAAGACACGUGUCAUCAAUAUUUUCCCUUAAUUGGCAGAACCAUUUGUCAGACAGUCAAGCGAAAAAAUAUAUAUUUGAACAGUAUAUCUGAAAGUCAACAGGUUGCAAGAAAAACGAGGGAAAGUGGUCAUUUUUGCAAUGGAAAUCGCAUUCGUAGAUCUUGAAGUACAUAUUUGCAAGUUUAAAGUCGUUGCUGUGUAAAUGUUGAUCGAAACAAACUAUAAAAUUCACAUUUCUUACGAUGCGAUAACAACGUAGUAGAAUACAUACAUAACCUGAAAUGUGUCAGUAGAAGUGCAACAGGUGUCGUUUGGCUAUAAAAUUAAACGAUAGAUCAUACAAGCAAAUUUGAAUCUUAAUGAAAUGUACAUUAUUAUUAUAAAAUGAACUAUUGUCAGAAAUGUACAAAUUGUCUUAACGUGGCAUAGUAACUUUCACGGCGGAAAGCAUUUAAGAAGAACAAUAGUAAAUUUGAUUUAUUAGGUUAAAAGUUGAUUACCGUGUACUUACGUCUUUAGGAAAAAUGGUGCAAAAACUGUAGUUGCAUUCAAUUCUCAUUCAACAUAGUUAACUCUUACAAUAAAUUAAAAAUAGUUGGUGUUUUUAUAGCAUUGAAUUAAUGCUUUCUACAAUUGAUUGAAGAUAAAUCAAAUAAUUUUAAUGUUCAGACGUUUUACGAUCUCAUAAUCUGUGUUUGGACUCAGGAUGUCUUACAUUCAACGAGAAAAUACCAAUAGAGUAAAUAUAAUAAAACAGAGGUUUGAGCAAAGCCCUGAAAAAAAGCUGGAAGACAAUCUUAAAUCUACACAUGAUGACAAGAAAGAGCAGCUGCGCAGAACUUUGAGUGCUUCACCCAUUAAAACAAAAAAAAAUUUUAAACUUAAUGUUUCAAGACAAUUGUCUAACCCCAGUAGAAAUAUAAAACGUACACCAGCCUUUAGGGGUGAUAAGUUAGCAAGGACAAAAAAUCUGAAUUCUCCUACAAAAGAAAAAUUGGUAUCUAUUGUUGAUAAGAAUGUUAAACUCUUUGAAGAGAAACCUGAAUAUGGAAAAAUUGGCAAUGUAAAGAAGAAAGUGAGAAAUGCAGCAACCAAUAAAUACGAAUCUGUUGAUGCUAGCAUUGAUACUGUUGAUUGUAAUGAAACUCAGGAGAUUAGUGAUAUAAAAUGGACAUCCGAUAUUAGGCAGGAAACUUUUUCUGAACAUAAACAAAUACCUAAGGAUAUUAACAAUUUAAAUGAGAUGUGGUCUGAAGAUGAUAUGAAUAAAAAAAUGCUUCAAAUAUUUUCCAAAAAGUCAACACCAUGUAAAGACUCUGUUCGUACAACUGUUAUAUCAAGACAUACAAAUAUUUCUCCAAAUUAUUGUACUCAAUAUGAAUUGGAUAACGUCUGUAGGAAAUCUGAAAUGUGUGAAUCUCGUACAAAGCAAAAUUCUAUCGAUGAUAAAAAGCAAAACUAUUUACAACCUAAUAAGUUCUUAAAGAAUGGAGUGGAAUAUACAAGGGUCAUAAAACCCAAAAUAAAAUCCGUAUUAGCGGAUACAACAAGCAACCAUAGUUAUUCACAAACUCAUUGUAGAAAUGAAAAUAAUAUUUUAGAUAUCAGAGAAGACUUGUCCAGACGAAAAUUUGAUAAAUUGGGUGCACUGAAUAAUGAAUCUUCAAAGAAGAUUAAAUUAUGUAGAGUGGAAUCAAGUGAAAUCAAUACACCUGAAAAUGUAAUGCAAAACAUGUUACAAAUCAAACAGACGCACGAAAGUUUGAAUAUCGAGACACAUUCAGUUAAAGAAACAGAAAAAGAGCCAUUAUCAAUUACUAAUUCAGAAGAAAGGUUUGGUGUGAAAUUGACAGAUACUUUGAAGGCGGCAUUAAAAGCACCGUUACCUAAAGGUCCUCCACCAAAGAAACCGCCGCGAACUUUUGCUCACAGUCCGACUGAUCUUGAUCAUUCUCUGUUUCAUAAUCACAAUGAAACUAAUAAGCCACAAGAAAAAUUAGAAAAUCACACGAUAGUCUCUUCAUUUGGAAAUACUUCUACUGAAUUAUCCAGUGAUACCAAACACGUUAUUAAUAGCUUUCUACAUAGCAUAAAAAUCAAUAACGGUGAUGAAUCUAUAACAGAUUCGUCUUUGAAAGAUGCUGAUUGGUAUACAACUAGUUUUUUACACGGUAAAAGAAACUCCUCCCAGCAAUUGCAAAAGCAGUUGGCAACUGAAAACAAGAAUAUUGACAAUGAGAACCUUGUGCCCUUUAUCACAGACAUAUCUAAAACAAGUCCGACGUGCAUAAAUAAAUCUAAAUUUGACGAUAUGAUUCUGGAAACUCAUUUAUUAGAAAACAGAACUUUAGUUGUGGAAAGACGAAAAUUAAAUGAUGACCAACAACCAAAAGCUGAUAAAAGUUCAGAAGUAAGAAGUAACGAUCCAAGUUCCUCACCAGCUACAAUUUGUAAUGAUACAAUGUCUUUGGACCAAAACAAAAUUAUUUCUCAGUCGUCAAGAAAGUUUCAAAGUUCCACACCAAUGUCUGAAAACAGCACCAAAUUACGAGCAAGUCGCGAUUCGAAGAAAAUGUUAGAAAAACUAGAAAGUGUUUUAAUUCAACAUCAAAAAGCUCUUGGACCAAAGGUCAUUGUACCACGAAAAGAAAAAUUAACUGACGUUAGAUCCAAGUUGCAAACUGAUUUCGAAUGCGAUAUUGAAAGCGAUAUAUUUUGCGGUAAAAAUGAUUCAGAAAAAAGAAUAUUUACAUCUGAUCGAGAAGUACAAAAUACAAGAGUGUUGGGCUCAUUACCUAAAAUUCCAGAUUCUCCAUGUAGGAGGAAUUUCACUUUUGAUUGUUUGCCUUCAUUAAAUUGUGCUAGUUCAACCGUGUAUGAGCAGAUAAAAAAUCCUGAUUUUAAAACGUACUUGGCAGACGGAAAAUCAACUUCCUUGGAAAGGUCUGGCAACUUUUAUGCGAAACCUGGAGGUUUACAAAAAAAUUCGACUUUUUAUUUGCACUCUAGUAACGACGAAAUUUAUGACACGUUGUUGGCAAGUCCUGCUUCAAAGAGAUUAUCUACUGAAUUAACAACAUUCACUGAUGUCACUAAACACCAGCCCACGACAUUUAAACAUGAGGAACAUGUGUACGCUGAACCGUUUACGUUCGAUAACAACUCUGGUAUCGAUAUUACAGGAUAUGGAAAAUUAUUGCACAAAAAUCACGAUUUCUUAUUAAGAAACGAACAGGCAGGGGCAUUAAGGACGAACAACACAAAGGAAACUGAAUUACAUUACAUGUAUACCCCAAUUCAAUCGUUGCUUCUGGCGCGCAAGAAUAGUGAGAUAGAAAAUGAAAUUGGCAGUUCGAAAUAUCAACCAAAAAUGACUGAUACUAAAACGUCACUCCCAAGAUUUAUCGACCUGAUGGAACCGCCUCCAACGAAAUUUGAUAAGGCCAAGAUAGAACAACUCCUUGAUCAAGCUUUUGGAGAGCCUGUAAUGGCUGGUGCGGAAACUCCAACAGACUCAAAUACAUCAUCGGAUACAGAUUCUGUUGCAUCAACUCUCUCACUGACAGAUGAGCUUUUAACGUUCAAUGAAAAGCUAAAAUUAUUUAAGGAACGAGAAAAUAUUCCACGAUCUGCAAAGGAUGACCUUCACCGUAGCUUGACAGAAAAGAGGAAGCACUAUGUACGAAAUGUAUCCUCCAAGUAUUCGGAGAAAAGAGAAGGUUCAGUUACUGAUAGACGAGACAAACUCUUCGAAGUGUGCUUACUUGUUGAAUUAAACCUCAGUACCAGAAAGCCUUACAUCAAAGAUAAAUAUCCCAUUUAUGUAAAUACACCAGCAUGGAUAGAGAACUUUUGUUUCCCAGAUGCCUCUGAUUGGCCUCCAUCAGACUCAGAUCAAAAUCAAGCCUACUCAUUAGUUCUUACCGAUGAAAAAGGUAAUCGGCGCUAUGGAUAUUGCUACCGUGUCAAGCCGGAAGGUGGUCCAAUAUUACCACUAGCAUAUUGUCUCAUCACAAAUACAAGAGCAAGUGGCUUCUAUUACAAAAUAUUACACGAAUUGGAUAUAAGACAUGGAUUCCCAGAUAGACAAAGACGGAGUUUCAUAGAGGAGCUCUAUAACAGUCCCAUGCCUUUACCUGGACAUGGAAUCACAAUAAAAUGGGAUGAAGCUGAAGUACUUGUUGUACCUUCUUUAAGAGAAAAUGGGCUAAGUAACAAUAACAAUGAUGUUGAAACAAAGUUUACAAAUUCCAAUGGAGAGAGUUACAAUACUGCACCACCAGCUGUUGACAUAAGCUCAGUUUUGUUGAGGGCAGAAAGAUCAGAAAUCGAUAAAAUUAUAGAUGCAUUCACUGAUUUAGAUGUGAAGGAAACAUUCAUAACACGACCAGGUGACCACAGAUUAGAGGAAAGAGACAUGAGUCAGUUGUUUGAUGCUCUCUCUGUCAAGGUAUUAAUCGUUCUAUUUGGGAGCUUGUUACUAGAGCGUAAAGUCGUUCUAACAUGCAACAAAUUAAGCAAAUUGUCAUCUUGUGUAGAAGCAUUACAGAGUUUACUAUACCCUUUCACUUGGCCACACACCUUUAUACCCGUUCUUCCUGAUAUUCCUGGACUUCCAGAAAUUUUGCAAGCACCACUGCCAUUUGUCAUUGGUAUUUUGAAAUCGAAAAAUGGUGAUGGAAUUGAGAUUACUACUUUCGAAAAUGGCAUUGUAGUCGAUCUAGACACCUCUAAAAUAACGUUUGCUGUUGGGGACGAAUCAUCGAUAUUACCAAGUAGAUUUCAAAAAGGCUUAAGAUCAGCUCUUCACGUGGUGUCCAGCACAACAAAGACGGGUGAAGGAAUUAAGAACUUUCUUGUGUCUGAAGCAUUUUUAAGGGUGUUUGUGGAAUCGUGUUCGCACUUCGGUUCUCAUAUAGUUGCACAAGAGAAUGGAAAACUAGUAUUCAUGAAAGAAUCUUUCGUAAAUGCCGUUUCAUCGAAAUGUUUUAAAUAUUUUCUUGAAUGGUUUGUGGAGACCACGAUGUUCAAUCAGUUCGUCCAAGACAAUAUUUCGAGAAUGGAAGGAAUAUUGCCAAAAGAGAAGGAUGACAUGAAAUUAUUUCAUCAAAGAGUGGCUGAAUAUCUUAAAGCGGCUGACAAGAAUGCACAAACCAAAAAGAGUCAUACAAAAAAAAAGACUUUAGGAGAUCGUUUGAAAGACUUAACUAAUUUCAGCUCAUAGUAUGCAUACUGAGUGAACAUUUCCAAAAAUAUCUACCCAACGAAAGCGGUUAUUCUGUAUAGUAAUACUGUUAAUAUAUUAAGGUCCAAGAUCGUAUGAUAUAAUCUCAUAGGGAGGCAAAUUGCAGCUUUAAUUAGAGAUAUACGCGUUUAUAUUUUAUUUCUGUACGAACUCCGGUUAUAUUAUCAAGUCAGUGAUUAGUAUCUUACUUAAAUAGUAUCAUUUUAAAAAAUGUGAACAAUGAUAUUUUAUAUAGAUGCAUGCUACUGUACUUAUUUUCAGAGUCCUAAUAUUUUUGUGAGCAAAUAAUAGCAUGCCGUAUUUAGAUUAAAUGAUUAAUAGAUGAAAAGUUGAAACUGACACGUGGCAUUAUAACAAAUAAAAAGUGAGAAUAAUGCACUUACAAGUCAAGUAUAUUAUAUAUUACAAUGAACAGUACUAUAGUGUAUACAAUACUUUGUAUUAAAAUUUUGCAAACUGACUAUCAACGAAUAACAACUUUCAUUCGUUGCAUGAUAUUUUUUGUUGAAACAUUAAGGAGAUACAUUUUAGUUGGUGUCAUCUUUUAUUGCCAUUUCUUAUUUUAACUGUGAUUAUUUAUUUGUACGCAUUCAUAUCGUUCUAUUCUCGAAAUAGUUUGUACUAUAUGUUUAUACCCGUGUUUGAAAAUAAAAUAUUAA